AUGCUGCAAGGAAUGUUUCUGAGCGUUUUAGCUGCCGCACCCAAUCUAGUUUAAAAUAUACAGCAGGAACACAGCAGAGAGUCACAUCGGAACUUUGCCUGUGAGUCAAGAUUCAUUAAUCUGAACACACAAUGUCCCUGUACAGUUUUGGGAUUGACCCCAUAUCUUGUCAUGCUUGGAACAAAGAUAGGACACAAAUUGCCAUUAGUCCCAAUAACCACGCAGUUCAAAUUUACCAGAAAGUGGACACUGAGUGGAAAAAAAUUCACGAACUCUCAGAACACAAUGGGAGGGUCACAGGCAUUGAUUGGGCGCCCAACUCUAACCGCAUCGUGACCUGCGCUGCGGACAGAAACGCUUAUGUGUGGUCGCUAAGAGAUGGAGUGUGGAAACCAACGCUAGUACUUCUGCGCAUUAACCGCGCCGCGACUUGCGUCAAGUGGUCACCGCAGGAGAACAAGAUUGCAGUAGGGAGCGGCUCCCAGACUAUCUCCAUCUGUUAUUUUGAGAAAGAAAAUGACUGGUGGCUGAGUAAGCACAUCAAAAAGUCAAUCAAGUCUACCAUACUAGGCCUAGCGUGGCACCCCAACAAUGUACUCCUUGCCGCGGGCAGCAGCGAUUUCCAGUGCAGAAUUUUUUCAGCAUAUGUGAAAGAAAUCGAAGACAAGCCAAGUGCAACACUGUGGGGUACAAAGAUGCCGUUUGGAGAGCUCUUGUAUGAAAGAGGGGAGAAAGGUGGUUGGGUGCACAGUGUUUGUUUCUCUCCGAGCGGGCAAUACCUCGCAUGGGUCGACCAUAACAGCUCAGUCAACGUGGCAGACUCAACGCAAGACAAAAUAUUGACUGAAAUGAAGACGGACUUGUUGCCCUUCCUGAGUGUGCUAUUUGUGAAUGAAACCCGGCUUGUCGCUGCUGGCCACAACUGCUCCCCCUAUCUCUUGUCGUACUAUGGUCCCGGACAGUUGGUGCUUGAGGGCAAACUCGACACUCAGAAGCAAAGUUCGAAAUCGGAAAUGUCUGCAAUGCAGCACUUCAGGAAUCUGGACAAGAAAGCUAAGGAACAAGACAACUCAGAGCUGGACACCCUUCAUCAGAACAGCAUCAGCCAUAUGUCUAUUGUGGAUGGAGACCCUGCCAACGUGACUAGCAUUAGCAGUACUGGGAAGGAUGGAGCUCUGGUUAUCUGGAGUACGAAGGUCUGAUGUGAAGCAAACCUUCUCUCCGGUAUGAGAUGCCAAGGAGACUCAUGACAAUUAGUAAGCGGAGAGGAUCUAUUCCAUAUAGGAGAAUUCCACAUUACUGCCAACUUCCGGAAGCCUUUGACAGAAGGGUCAUGGAAAGAGGCCAAUGUCCAGAACCACUGCCCCCAAAUUUGGGUCUGAAUUCCUGCUGUACAGUCAUAUUCACUUUAGAUUUGUAUUCAAAUAUGGCAUUUGAGCAGUGAAUGUGAAACAGUUCUUGUAAAUAGCAGGCUUUAUAUAGAGCAAUUCAUUCUGCAUUCCAUUAUUUAUAUGGGAUCUUUCCUUAUAAAUACAGUAGAAUGUUCUAGAACAGCAAAAUCCAGAAAAGUAGCUCUCUGACUGUAGGAGAACUACAAUUACCAUGAUACUUUUCCAGCCUAAAAUGUGACAAGUUUGCAAUAAACGAGUAUUAGUGGGGA